GACGGGCAUACACCAUACAGUGUGCUAUGAGGGAAAUUUUGCCCGGGCAGCGGCACUAUCGCCUACUCUUAUAUCGAAUUCCAACUGCCAGGGGAUCUUUUACGUGCAUUCCAAUAUAUACACGGGACCUCAGUUUUUCGUCUCAUCAGAAGGACUAGACAACUGUCCUUGUCAGGCCCUCCGUUCUGCACCACUGACAAGGGGAAACCACGUCGGAAAAUCUGGAUGAACUUUCUCGGCCAAUGCAGGGCUAAUGAAGACGGAGCUGAAGAAAUUCUACAAAAAUGCAUCCAUAGUUACAACUGAAGGAUGGUAUGAAAUAAAUUUAGAUAAAAGAAAGCUUCGUACCCCAGGAGGAAAUUUAUUUCGUGUACCCAAUGAAGCACUUGCUUUAGCUGUAGCAACAGAAUGGAAUUCACAAGACAAAGUCAUUAAAAGACAUAAUAUGCAUUUAACAUCCUUAUGUAAUACAGCAUUAGACAACCCAUUUCAUAAAACAAGAGAUGUUUUGACUGAUAGUAUAAUUCAUUUUCUAGAAACAGAUACAAUGUGUUACAGAUUGACGGAACCUGAAGAUCUAGUUCGAUUUCAAUCACAAAACUGGGAUCCAGUUAUAAACUGGGCAAAAGAUAGAUAUAAAAUAGAUAUAACACCUACAUAUACUAUAGCACCACCUGAUGUUCCUCAACAUACAAAAGACACAAUCAAACGACAUCUUUUAUCUUACAGUGAUUGGGCUUUAUUUGGUUACCAGUUUGCAGUAGAUUCAGUGAAAUCAUUGUUAAUUAUAAUGGCUUUAGUAGAUAAGUUUAUAAGUGUUGAUACAGCAGUUCAUUUAUCUCGAUUAGAACAAGAAUACCAGGUGAAGAAAUGGGGAAGUGUGGAAUGGUAUCAUGAUAUUGAUGAAUACGAAUUAAAGACACGACUUGCUUCGGCUACAUUAUUUAUUCACUGGUCAAGUGAAAACGUAUCCGUCAAACAGAAAGCUUCUUUAGGCAUACAGAAUAUCUGUUGACAUUAAAUUAAGGACAGAUCAAUUUUUACCAGAAAUCAGAGUAAUAUGCAGAUAUGAUUUGCGAAAAUAUUUUCUAUAUUACGAUGAUACCAAAAAUAAUGGAUAUAGUGGUGAAGUAGCUAUCUUGUUGGAAUGUAUAUUUUACUUUUCAAUUAGAUGACUAGGAGAACAGUCAGAGGAUUUAGCACUUCUCCCAUAUCAGUAUUUAUAGACCUAGUUUUUUGACCUUGUGUUACUAUGAAUCUUCGUGUUGGAAUUUAUAGUGGUCACCUUUAAUGCUGAUUUUACUAUUCAAAUAUUAUUUGAAUAUAGAUCUGAAAUUAUCGAUUAUGGACUGCUUCUGAUGUAUUAUUAGAUUCCUAGAUAGUAUAAAUCUUUCAAAACAAUAAAAUUGCCUUUCUCUGUU